AUGCUUCCUUACCUACACAUCAACAGAGACAGAUUAAUACUGGUGAAUAUAUUGCUGUCCUUUUGCUCUCAAUAUCUAUGUGCGGACCUUACUUACUAUGUGGAGGAAGAAAAAGGUCCAGGUACUUACCUAGGGGACCUUGCAGCCGACUCCCAUUUAUUAGAGAGCGUCCCACCACAAGACCAUAGCCUCAUCAAAUUCACCCAGCUUCAGCAGGGGUCAGGUAGCGUCUCUCAGCUUUUUCACAUUCACGAAAAGACGGGGAAGCUUUAUACGGCCCAGACCCUCGAUUCAGAGACCCUUUGCAUUUACAAUGUCGAGUGCUUUCGUAUGAUCGAUGUGGCAGUCAAACGAGCCAAUUCAUUCAUUUGGAUUUUGAAGGUAAAAGUAAUUAUUCAGGAUAUAAAUGACCAUCAACCAGAAUUUCCAGAAAAACAGGUUAAUAUUCAGUUUUCCGAAAAUGACCGAAAAGGCACCAAGAUAUCCAUACCGAACGCUGUGGACCGGGAUGUAGGUGUCCUCAAUUCACAGAUUACUUACCAGUUGCGUAAAAGCAAAGAUGAACCAUUUACAUUGUCCGUGUCUAAAAGCCUUGAUGGAACGUCCAAAAUUAGCAUACUGCUCGAAGAGGGUUUGGACAGGGAGGUUAAAGACUUAUACAUGCUCCACAUAAUGGCUAAAGACGGCGGCUCGCAACCAAAACAAAGCAUACUGAAUAUCCAGAUCUACGUCACCGAUGUGAAUGACAACGCACCUGUUUUCUCUCGAGAUGUGUAUAAUGUUUCUGUUAAGAAUGAUAACCAGGUUGCUUCUCCGGUUGUGGCGCUAUCAGCCAGAGAUUUGGAUGUUGGUAAAAACGGACGUGUGUCCUACCACUUCAGCUCCAAGACUUCUGAUAUUGCAAAAUCUCACUUUGAGUUGAACCGGGGAACCGGGGAUAUCUUUCUAAGCAAAAGAUUCAACUCGGGUCAAAAACAGAGUUACAAAUUAUACGUGACAGCCACAGAUGAAGGUAACCCACCUUUGAGUUCAAUUGCCAUUGUUCAAAUUAACGUCAUUGAUCAGCAGAACAAUGCUCCGUCGAUUGACGUGAAUUUCGUCUCGGCUUCGACAGGGGAUACAGUCGCCAUUUUUGAAGACAUUGAAGUUGGCAGCUUCAUUGCUUAUGUAAAAGUUACUGACUAUGAUAUGGGUCCCAAUGGCGAGGUUACAUGUAACAUGCACCAUGAUAAGUUUCAGCUUGAAAUGCUCGGACCAAAGGAAUACAAGAUCAUCAUAAAAAACCCGGUGGACAGAGAAACAGAAGAUUAUCACCGGCUAAUGAUAAAUUGCCAAGAUAAAGGAUCUCCACCUCUGCACAGUGAGAGUCAGUUCUCCAUAAAGGUAAUGGACGUCAAUGAUGUGCAGCCACAGUUUUCAAGGGAGAUAUUUAAAUUUUUUAUGUACGAGAAUGAAAAAUCAAAAUCGCAAGUAGGUUCCAUCAAUGCCACCGACCCGGAUCUUGGUCCUGCCGGCAAGCUGACAUAUUCUCUGUUGGCCAGCAACAAAAAUUUUCUCCCUUUUCAAAUCAUGGAUGAUGGAGUAAUUCUAUCAAUUGUGUCUCUGGAUCAUGAAUUCCAGGAUAUUUACAAAUUCCAGGUUUUUGUAAAAGAUGGCGGCACACCAUCACUCAACAACACUGUUAAUGUCAUUGUCGAAGUUAAAGAUAAAAAUGACAAUGCCCCAUAUUUCACGUACCCCAGUGUUAACCCUUGUUCUUUGGAUGUCACUUACUACCCGCAUCAUACAAAGAACAUUACAGUUCUAAAAGCAGCUGACCGAGACAGCCGAGAGAAUGCGUUUUUAAAAUACGAGAUAAUAGCUGGGAAUGAAAACCAGUUGUUUACUCUCAAUCAUUACACAGGCUUAUUAUCGUUCACUCGUGUUGUUAACCCGCAGGAUGCCGGAUUGUAUGACCUCCAGUUUCUGGUUAGAGAUAGCGGCACACCGUCUCUGUCAUCGACGACAUCUUUGGCUUUAACCUUGACUGUCAGCAAUGAAACUUCGGAGAUGUUGAAUGCUGUUCACACGCAGUCCGGAGACAAAAUCCAUUUAUACCUUUUGAUUUUGGUUGUUUUAGUAGCAGUUACUGUCUCUGUCCCAGUAACAGCUGCUAUGUCGCUCUGCAUCAUCCGUUGUAAGGAUCGUAAGAACACACUGAACCGAGACGGAGAGAGUGUUUCAUGUAAAUGCGUCAGCGAACAAGGCCGGCUUAUAUGUCCCUCGCACAUGACUUCUUAUUGGCCAGACACGUCAGGAUUUAUGGCUCCUGACUCGGAUAUGGCUAGCAAUAGUUUGCCAGCUUGUAACGGACAAAAAGGCUCAGUCCUUGGAAUGAGGUCGCAAAAAUCUACAGAAGUUAUAUACGAGGUAAGUACCAGCAUCUCAUCGUAUCCGCAAUGUCACAUGUCUGACCAGGCCGGUCCGCUAGCCGAUGGUUAUCUCACGUGA